AUGAUGCCCUCAAUGAAACCAAUGAACUCCACUCCAGUGCUUCAAGCGCAGGAGGAGUCCUUUAACCGGGAUUUUGAGACCAUCAAAACUCCGCUCCCCUCUGACAUUCUCUGCGGCAAGAACAAGAUUUGCAUCAAGCACGAAGGUUCCAAGAACUUCCGCCGCAUCAUCGAAAGCUACACCCUCCAGUACCAACAGGCCAGUAGUCGUCAGGCCAAGAUGGACAUUACCAAGGAGAUCUUUGACCGUCUUCAAACUCACCGCUUCCUCAAGUACAACGAGGAUACUGACAUGUGGGAGACGCUCCAUCCUUUGGCUGUUCGUGACAAGAUUGGACAUGCCCUCCGCUUCUCCAACCGCAAGGGGUCCAGCGCCAUUCGUAAGCAGGUGCGCCGCAGCACCUCUGACAUCUCCUCCUUGUCGUCUGCCAGCUUUGUCGGCAGUGCGGCCGAUGCUGUGUCUUCCAUGUCCAUGUCGAUGUCUGACUCCGGAGUACGACGAAGCAGUGCCAACAGCAUCAGCAUGUGUCUGAGCCAGGGCAACGCGGCACUGCGACAUUCCACUGGAAACUUGCCCCAGUUUUCAGAAUUCUCUCUGCUCGAGCAAAUGGCUUCUGGAAACUUUGGCUGCAACAACAACAACAACAGCACUUUCAGCAGCAACAACCACUGCAACAGUAAUACUCACAACCUGCAUGCUGAGUUCCAACUGAUGCAACCGGCCCUCCCUCCUCUGGGUCCCUCGUUCAACAACACCCAAUGGAACUGCUCUUCCUCCUUCACCAAGCCAGUCCCACAAACUUCCACCUCCAAGAAUUUCUUUGGAAGCCAGGUCCGAUCCAACGAGGGUGACUUGUCAUGGAUGCUUCAAAUGCCACUCCUGGAAUUGGACACCACCGAAGGGACAGCGGUCCGUGCCAACCACCAAGCUUCAAUCUAA